UGUUUUCCGGAAUUAUUUAUGUGAAACACACUUUAUAUCUGCCACUGCAAAUAGCAAAGGAUUUCACUACGCAUCCAUUCACUACUGCCUUAGACUAAUAACAGCUGCGGGCACCCAGCUAUUUAUGAGAUCAUCCAACUUUGGCUGAAAUGAAUUUUCUACGUAACCGUCUUGUUGUGCUGGGCCUGGUGUUGCUGGCCACUGUUCUGUUGUACCUGCUACUGCCGUCCAUUCGUCAGGGCAGCAUGGAGCCUUCGCUGGAUGUCCAGAGGAUGGGCCUGGUGGCUGUCUCUCCUCCUCCGCCUCCUGCCAUCAACGUGUCCGUCCGCACAGGGCAGCUACCCGGGGACCCUCCACUCUUCUUCAGGGAAGCUUUGCCGGUCGAUGGAUCUGGUAGGCAGAUACUGCCCAGGCUGCAAGUGGUCCUUCUCCAUGGCCAAGCUUUCUCUUCCAAAACCUGGGAGGAACUGGGCACCCUGGCCUUACUGGCCACAAACGGAUACCAGGCCUUGGCUGUGGACCUACCAGGAUUUGGUAACUCUCCAGACUCGGAUGCUGUGAAGACAGACCAGCAUCGGGUGGACCUUCUGGGGAGGUUUAUGGAGGCUUUGGGCGUGAGGACAGCGGUGCUGCUCAGCCCCUCUAUGAGCGGCCACUACUCCAUCCCCUUCCUUAUGAAACACAGUGCCCAGCUGCACGGCUUCAUCCCCAUAGCCCCAGUAGGAACCCGCAGCUACACCCCUCAGCAGUACCAGAGCAUCCAGACUCCUACUCUGAUUGUGUUUGGAGCACUGGACACCAACCUGGGGGCCCAGUCCCACAAGAAUCUCAUGCAGCUCCCACACCACUCAGUCCUGAAGAUGGAGGGGGCGCGCCAUGCCUGCUACAUGGACAAACCUUGGGAGUUCCACCAAGCACUGUUGGACUUUCUCAGCAAACUAGAGUGAGAGGGGGAGGAGGAAGAUGGAGGGAAGGAAAAAAGAGAUAAACAGGGUUGUGUUUGCGUGGAAGUGGAGAAAUUAUACACAAAUAAGAAAAAGGGAAAGUAGUCCUCUGGGAUAAUAGGGCAAAGGCUGCUUUUGAUAUUAUAAAUUACCCCGGGCCCCCUAGUUAUCCUGGUAGAGUGGCUUACUCCAGGCCCCUAGCCACCCUGGUAGAGUGGCUUACUCCAGGCCCCUAGCCACCCUGGUAGAGUGGCUUACUCCAGGCCCCUAGCCACCCUGGUAGAGUGGCUUACUCCAGGCCCCUAGCCACCCUGGUAGAGUGGCUUACUCCAGGCCCCUAGCCACCCUGGUAGAGUGGCUUACUCCAGGCCCCUAGCCAUCCUGGUAGAGUGGCUUACUCCAGGCCCCUAGCCACCCUGGUAGAGUGGCUAACUCCAGGCCCCUAGCCACCCUGGUAGAGUGGCUUACUCCAGGCCCCUAGCCACCCUGGUAGAGUGGCUUACUCCAGGACCUUAGCCACCCUGGUAGAGUGGCUUACUCCAGGCCCCUAGCCACCCUGGUAGAGUGGCUUACUCCAGGCCCCUAGCCACCCUGGUAGAGUGGCUUACUCCAGGACCCUAGCCACCCUGGUAGAGUGGCUAACUCCAGGACCCUAGCCACCCUGGUAGAGUGGCUAACUCCAGGCCCCUAGCCACCCUGGUAGAGUGGCUUACUCCAGGCCCCUAGCCACCCUGGUAGAGUGGCUUACUCCAGGCCCCUAGCCACCCUGGUAGAGUGGCUUACUCCAGGCCCCUAGCCACCCUGGUAGAGUGGCUUACUCCAGGCCCAUAGCCACCCUGGUAGAGUGGCUUACUCCAGGCCCCUAGCCACCCUGGUAGAGUGGCUUCCAUUGCGAUGCUUUUGUUGACAUCCCAUCAAAUCGAGAGCAACUCUAAAAGAAGUUUACUCUUUGAGUUGAGCAUGUAGAACAGAAUAUAUGCAAAUUCAAAGACUAGAAGCAAAGACUUGUUUUUUUCUACAGGCAUCAUUAUUGGUUCCAUGAUGAAGAUCAACAUCAGUUAGUUGAGAUGAGGAUGAAGAGGUUAAAGGAGAUCUAAGGCGAUAGUACCAGGGUUGUAUUCAUUCGUGCACACUGUAGCAAAGUGUUUUGUAACGGAAAACAAAGUUCAGGUAGUCCCUUCCUGUUUCAUCCCUUUUGCUUCUGUUUGGUUCAUAGUGAAUACGAACGACCCUGUUUAGAGAAAUUACCUGUGAAAAUUGUGAGAUCAGUUUAAAAUACAAUCUCUUGUGUGUUUUUUUUGUUGAGGAGACAGCAUCGAUGGUUGCCAAUUCACAACUGUAUCUCAUGGUACAGAAACUUGGAUAAAGACUAACAAUAACAUUAAGAUAUUUAUUUAUAGACUUCAGCUCCCUGUUAAAGCAUGUUCACGUUCAUUCUGAAUUUCUUGCUGAAGUGUGUGUGUGUGUGUGUGUGUGUGUGUGUGUGUAUGGUGGGGAGGGGAGGGGAGGGGGGGGGUCCAACGAUGAUUAAGGUAUUUACUAAAUGAGAAAGCUGUUGCAACCAGAAAAGUACACUCCGUUACAUUUCUAUGUUAUGAGGAUGACCACUAUUUUAAGUUUUGAGUUUGUACAUAUUAGAUGAUUUUGUUUCAUCGGACAACAAGUUAAAGCCUCAAGUUAAAUGGCUUAAACAAUCAUGAAAGGUAUUUUGAGUUGUGCUGUUAUUGCGCUUAAGUUCCUUUAAUAAAGACUGCAUAGAAUAUG